AUGGCACCUUUAUUUAACCCACUUCUGCGGAUCGUACUGAUCGGCACCGUGCUGCAACUGGCAGUUGGCCAGCAGGGUAGCGGACUGCUGCGCAGCGGCAACAAUCCCUUCUACGACGAACCCGAUGACUACCUGCUGCAGCAGCAGCAGCGCACGCCCAACAACGUUGAUGAUAUCUUUCUGCGGACGGGCGAUCUGCGCAGUGCGGAGGAUUACUUCUGCCCGGAGCACUGGACCGCAUUCCGGGGCACCUGUUUGCGGGUGCACAAGUCGCCGCGCAAGAGCUGGUACGCGGCGCAGAAGAUCUGCCAGGCAUACCAGGGCGAACUGGUAAGCGUGGACACGAUCGAGAAGCAUUCGUUCGUGGUGAAGCUGCUCGAUCGAGACGUGAGCAAACUGAAUCGGUACUACGUAUCGGCGCGCCAGAUAUCGCCCGGUAACUGGGUAAACGCGGACAAGAGCCAGCUGAUCGCAAUCGAGGAUGCGAUCAAUUACGAGCUGCUGAGCUCGGACACGAACAAUGAGUUUCAGUCGUACUUCGAGGGUGCGAACGUGCGGAACACGAUCGAGCAGGAGGAGACGGACGAUCCAAGACGGUUCUAUCAGUCGGAGCGUUACCGCAACCGUAACUAUCUUGUGCUGGGGUUCAACAUGCACAAAGAGAAAUGGCAGUUCUAUCCGGUAACGGGCGAGGAACAGUAUCUGUUUGUCUGCGAGUCCCGCCAACUGUACAGCGCGGACAACCUGAACACGAUGCUUGAGGAUCGGCGCCAGUUUGACUACGGGCUGGAACAGACGGAUGUAGAACGUAUUCCUCGUGGUCCGUAUUUUAUUCGACAACCGGUAGACACGACAUAUGAUACGGGCAAGGCAAGCAUUACGCGUGACGUCACGCUGAGCUGUCUGGCGGGUGGGUAUCCAACGCCCCGGUACAGCUGGUACAAGGAGGAGUACGUCAAGGACAACCUGACCGUCGUUCAAAUCGAUCCAUUGCGCAACGCUCGGCAUACGGUCAGUGGCGGAAAUCUCAUCAUACACCGACCAUCCCAAAAUCUGGACCAGGGCACGUACCAUUGUACCGCCCAGAACAGUUACGGCAAGGUGAUCUCCGAAAGCGUGCAGCUCAACUUUGGGUACAUACUCGAGUUCAAUCUACAGCGUGCACCGGAAAAGGGUGAGGAGAAUUGGGGCAAGGCGUUGGUGUGCGAGGAACCGCAGCAUUAUCCGGACGUGAAGUUUUACUGGUCCCGCAACUACUUCCCGAACUUUGUCUACGAGGAUCAGCGCGUGUUUGUCAGCCACGAUGGUUCGCUGUACUUCAGCUCGCUCGAGGUGAUGGAUCGGGCGAACUAUUCCUGCACGGUAAUGAGCACGGUGAGCGAUACCGGGCGUAAUGGGCCAUUUUUCGAGCUGUCCGUAUCGCCGUCUCCACACUACCAGGACCUUAUUUUUGCGAACUCGUUCCCGAAAGCGUUCCCGAAGGUACCGCUCGCCGGGAAGGAUGUGCGGUUAGAGUGCAUGACGUACGGAUAUCCGGUCGCAUCGUACAACUGGACACGUCGGAACGGUAACCUGCCCCGGAUGUCACGGUUGGAUAACUACAAUCGCGUACUGCUGAUACAGAACGCAACGGUGAACGAUAAUGGCGAGUACCUGUGUACGGCACGGAACGGGAAGAAAUCGAUUACGCAGAGCAUUUUCCUGAACGUCCAGAUGGAACCAAACUUUACCAUACCGUUGCGUGAUCGUACCAAGGACUUCCAGAGCUCGGUAUCGUUCCUUUGCGAGGCGUACGCAAUGCCGGACGUGAACUACACUUGGUACAAAAAUGGUGAACUCAUGGAGGAGGACGGUGGAGGUGGUAGGCUCAACCGGGACAAAUACACGGUGCAGGACAAUCUGCUCAAGAUCAACUACCUCGACCCGGAGGAAGACAACGGCAUGUACCAGUGCAAGGCAACGAAUCAGCUGAAGGGCGUAUACUCGUCUGCACAAUUGCGCGUACUCAGCAUGAAACCGUCCUUCAAGAAACAUCCGCUAGAGUCGGAAAUUUACAGCAUUGCGAACGGGAACACGACGAUCCGUUGCGAACCGGAAGCUGCCCCCACGCCAAAGAUAUUGUGGAAAAAGGACGGUAAUUUAAUCGGUAGUGGUGGACACCGGAAGAUCUAUCCAACCGGUACGCUACACAUUUCGCCCACGUCCCGUGAUGACGAGGGUACGUACACCUGCAGCGCAUCGAACACGCAAGGUAUGGCAGAAUCGAAGGCACGGCUAAUAGUGCUGCAGGAGUUACGCUUUAUCGAGCAGUUGCCACCGAAACAGAUAAAGCAGAUUGGCGAGAUGCUGUUUAUGCGAUGUGACGUCACCUACGACCAGCUGCUGGAUGUCGCAUUCGUGUGGACACACAAUGGGCAGAUACUGACCGGGUACGACGACGAAAAUGAGCAACGGCGCUAUCAGCAACCGACCGGACCGGCACCGGAAGGUGCACGUAUCCGCAUCCACUACAACACGCUCGAGGUGCACAAUCUCACGCUGGUGGACGGUGGCGAGUACGAGUGUAUUGCAAAGUCAUCCGUUAACCGCAUCGUAUCGAGAGCAACCGUCCUCAUCCAGGGUCCGCCCGGUGCGCCGGGUGCAGUGAAGGUGAUUGAUAUCAAGAAAACGGAAGCACUGCUCGAGUGGACGAAUGGAAAUGAUAAUGGGCGCCCAAUCCUUUACUACAACAUACUCGGUCGUACCAACUGGAACCGCACGUGGACAAACGUUUCGAUGCACGUGGUGGCGCAGGAAGCGGAUCGCUACAAUGGUCGUCGUCAGGCAACGGUGACGAAUCUCACACCCUGGUGCGAGUACGAGUUUGCGGUCGUUGCCGUCAACGAUCUUGGUCUCGGUACGCCCAGUUUGCCCUCGCCAAAGCAUAGCACGAACAAGGACCGUCCGUACAUUGCGCCCCGUAAUGUAGGCGGUGGCGGUGGUAAGAUCGGUGAUCUGACCAUCACCUGGGAUCCAUUGCAACCGAACGAACAGAACAGCAUCAACGUGCACUAUCGCGUGUUCUUCCGUUUGCACGGACAGCGCGAGUGGGCCACCGAGGAACUCCAGCGGCAGGGCAAUGUCGGCAAAGCGAUCAUACACGUCCCAACCGAUAAGUACUUUACGCGUUACGAGGUGAAGGUUCAGGCAGUGAAUGAUCUCGGAGUCGGACCGAUCAGCGAACCUGUCGAGAUUUUCUCCGCGGAAGAUAUGCCGCAGGUUGCGCCACAACAAACGAUCGCACGUAGCUUCAACUCGACGGCACUGAACGUUACUUGGGUACCGGUUUCCCAAACGCGUGAAACCAUUCGUGGAAAGCUGAUUGGACAUCGGCUUAAGUACUGGAAGAAGGAACACAAUGAGGAAGACUCGGUUUACUAUCUGUCGCGUACCACCCGACCAUGGGCGCUCAUUGUUGGUCUCGAGCCGGACACGUACUACUUCGUCAAGGUGAUGGCAUACAAUGCGGCUGGGGAAGGGCCGGAAAGUGAACGCUACCUCGAGCGUACCUACCGAAAGGCACCACAGAAGCCACCAUCCUCGGUACAGAUUUUCGGCAUCAAUCCGUCCACGAUCAAGGUGACGUGGCGUUACAUCGCACCGUCACAGGACGAGGAACCGGUGCAGGGGUAUAAGAUACGCAUCUGGGAGAUGGACCAGGAUAUGUCCAGUGCGAACGAUACGGUUGUGCUGAUCGGUCGCAAGCUGGAGAAGUACAUCGACAAUCUAACACCCGGCAAAUCGUACAAUCUACGUGUUCUCGCAUACAGCAACGGAGGAGAUGGUCGCAUGUCCAGCCCACCGAUCCAAUUCAAGAUGGGCAUCACGCAAACGCCUCUGAACAGUGCCACCAAUCUGUCCGUUUCGAUCGUAACGCUGAUCGCACUGUUGGGCGCAUUGUUGUGUCUCCCGUAG